AUGUUCAACGCCGCCGCUGCCGCGGUCGACCUCGCGCUCGCUGGCGCCGCGGUCGACCUCGCGACUGCCGGUGCUGCGCCCUCCUACGCCACGCUCGCUGAUGCCGUGCCCUCUUGCGCCACGCCCACAGGCGCCGCGCUCGAGCUCGCCGGUGGCGCGGCCGCCGCCGCCGCUGCCGCGCUCGCUGGUGCUGCGUUCGCAUGCGUCGCGCUCGCCUACACCGCGUUCAAGCCCGCGCUCGCCAGUGCUGCGCCCGCCACUGCCGCGCUCGAGCUCGAGCUCGCGCCUGCUGCCCCCACGCUCGAGCUCUCACCUGCUGCCGCCGCCGCCGCCGCCAGGCAUUUUUUUGGGUAUCGAUGGUUUAGCCGGUUUUUUACCGUGACCAGGAUAGAAGGCUCUCGAAGCCUAGUUGGAUACACGGUUCUAGCCCAAACCAGGGAGUAA